AGAGUAAAGAAACAUCGUUUACUUGACAGCAGAUCUCAGAAAUGCUGAAUCGCAAGAGAAGUCUCUUAUAUUCUUGCAGUAACUUGGAGAAUGCUACGUCUACUUUGGAGGCCCCAAAAAUCAGUGCUCCACCCCGCAGCCUUUCAGCUAACGAUCUCUCUCUGGAACUCACUUUGAUUACUCCAGGCAUUGCUGACAAAUUCACCCAAGGAGAAGAUCAACUGAAAACAUGUAGCAGUGGUGAUGAUAUUACCAGGCAAUUCAAUCACCACAACGGAAAACCUGAAAAUUCUUCAUUUCCAACAGAAAAGAGCCCCAGCUUUACACAUGGAAUGACACUCUUUCCUCAUCUUUUUACCGAAUCUGAUCAGAUUCAAGACCUCGGUCGCGGUUUCUGCGAUUCCAGCAUCCACGACGAUUACAUAAAACGAGCUCUCUCAAACAGAGAGGCUGCUCACAGAUGUCAGCUUCGAAAGCAAGAAUACAUAGAAAAACUCAAGAGAGACGUAGAUGCUGAAGAGGCUAGAUUAUCCAUGAUGUCUUCACAAGUAUCUUACUAUAAUACUCGGUGCAAGAUUCUGAAAAUGAAGAACAAUGAGAUGACGGAUAAGACAGCAGGCCUUGAAUAUGAGAAAGCUAUAAAACAAGCCGAAUCUCAACUGCUUAUGGAAGAACUGAAAACUCUGGGAUUGGCUUACAUGCUUCCGCGAGGAAAAUAGAUGAAGGAUAUUUACAUAUACCUGAUUCCAGAGACCAAGAAACCAAGAUCUCGGUACCAAAAUCUGCAUAGAAGUUGAAGAAUAAUCCAGUUUGUUUGAUUUAUUUAGUUUGUAUGACAAUUCUUAAUGUUUGAUCAUAGCAAUAAUCUGGACUUCAAUUAAGUUUUAUAUGAAUGUAGAACUCAAAUUGCUCA